UUCCGUCGGGGCGGGUCGUCACUGCAAUCUAACAUAAAACUUACAAAAAUAAUUAGUUUAUUUUAAAAAUUCAAUAAGUGUAGGGCGACCCGAUUCCUAACCCGAUUGUCGUACUUAACAUAAUAAGCCACCAUGCUGCAUCUCAAGAAUAUCGCCAAGUCAGUGGUUCCGCCGCUCAAGAAUUCUGUUCAAAAUGAAGCCCUCAAUACAAUGUUCCGAAUCAUACCAGCUGGAGUGAAUGUCUGCUGCCGCACAUACGCUAGUCAUGAGAUUCCAGAUAAGCUCAAAGAUAUUCCUACAAGUGCGAAUCCGAAGUUCUUCCACAUGGUAGAAUAUUUUUUCCACCGAGCCUGUCAAGUUGUCGAAGACAAGCUUGUUGAAGAUUUGAAGUCAAGGACACCCAUUGAAGAGAAGAAAAAGAAAGUAGCCGGUAUUCUAAAACUUAUGGAACCAUGCGAUCACAUUCUUGAGAUUCAAUUUCCUCUGAGGCGCGAUUCUGGCGAUUACGAAAUGAUAUUAGGCUAUCGCGCACAACAUUCCACACACAGGACUCCAACCAAAGGAGGUAUUCGAUUCUCAACGGACGUAACCAGAGAUGAAGUUAAGGCGUUAUCAGCUUUGAUGACCUUCAAGUGCGCGUGCGUGGACGUGCCUUUCGGCGGUGCUAAGGCCGGUAUCAAGAUCAAUCCCAAAGAAUACUCCGAGCAUGAACUGGAAAAGAUCACUCGUCGUUUCACCCUUGAACUUGCCAAAAAAGGAUUCAUUGGGCCUGGCGUGGAUGUCCCCGCUCCUGACAUGGGUACCGGCGAACGAGAAAUGUCUUGGAUCGCCGAUACUUAUGCGAAGACCGUCGGUUUUCAAGACAUCAACGCUCACGCCUGCGUCACUGGCAAACCUAUUAACCAGGGUGGCAUCCACGGCAGAGUUUCAGCCACGGGCAGGGGCGUAUUCCACGGCUUGGAGAACUUCAUCAACGAAGCCAACUACAUGAGCAUGAUCGGUACAACCCCCGGUUGGGGUGGCAAGACGUUCAUCGUCCAAGGUUUCGGUAACGUGGGACUCCACACUUGCCGCUACCUCGUCCGCGCCGGCGCCACUUGCAUCGGAGUUAUCGAGCACGACGGCUCCAUUUACAACCCUGAUGGCAUCAACCCUAAGGCCUUGGAGGACUACAGAAUCGAGAACGGUACGGUAGUCGGUUUCCCCGGCGCUAAGGCCUACGAAGGCGAGAACAUGCUUUACGAGAAGUGCGACAUUCUUGUACCCGCCGCCAUCGAACAGGUCAUAAACAAGGACAACGCUCACAGGAUCCAAGCUAAGAUCAUUGCGGAGGCCGCCAACGGUCCCACCACACCUGCUGCAGACAAGAUCCUCAUCGAUCGCAACAUUCUCGUGAUCCCCGACCUCUACAUCAACGCUGGUGGUGUCACCGUCUCAUUCUUCGAGUGGCUCAAGAACCUCAAUCACGUGUCUUACGGACGUCUGACAUUCAAAUACGAGAGGGAAUCUAACUACCAUCUGCUGGAAUCGGUCCAAGAGUCUCUCGAGCGGCGGUUCGGUCGCGUGGGAGGCCGCAUCCCCGUCACUCCCUCAGAGUCCUUCCAGAAGAGAAUCUCCGGCGCCUCCGAGAAGGACAUCGUGCACUCCGGACUCGACUACACCAUGGAGAGAUCCGCUAGGGCCAUCAUGAAGACAGCCAUGAGGUUCAACCUCGGUUUAGAUCUGAGGACAGCCGCGUAUGCGAACUCCAUCGAAAAGAUAUUCACCACGUAUGCCGAUGCCGGUCUAGCUUUCUAAUAAUUCACUUACUGAAUACCAAUUUUAAAGUAUUGUCUGUAUAGUAUUUUCUGAGGAAUUCGAGAGUCGACCGGAGGUUCAAUCCAAUAUUUAUUUCCUUCAUUUUACAGUACAGUGAGAUCACGACACGAGAUUAAACCAUUAGGGUAAUUUUAUUCGUAUUGUCUGCAUUUUAUACACUUCGAUUUAAUCCCUGUGCACGUAAACUUUACUUAUAAGAGACAUUGUAAUCACAGUAUUUUUUUGUGUGUUGAAAUCAUGGCUUUUUAUUUGAAUUUAAGCGAAACAUUGUUAAAUAUUUAUGUGAAAAUAUAAUUUUCCUUGUAUCAAUCAUCUUCUUUUUAAUAAAUCGAUUAAUGUUAUUCCU